AAAUGUAACCCGCAACUACUCAAACAGCGGAGAGACUGCUGCUCAGGAGGAUCUCCCUUCUGUUGGGUCUGCAUCUCCCUGGUCACCCCACCACCCCAAUCUCCCGAGACGGGUGAGUCUUGACUCUCCCUCACCCACCUGAAACCCAAGAUACAUAUUUCACAUCUGGGAUUUUUGGUUUAUGCCACAUAAAAAAAAAGAAGAUCACCAAAGGAGUAAACAAUGGCUGCGCUUCAACAGAGGUCUGUCUUGGCCAUGAUUAAGGAGUUCAGGAGGAACUGGCACACUCUUUGUGACUCGGAGAGAACCACUGUGUGCGGCGCAGACGCCAUGCUCUUGGCACUGCAGCUCUGCAUGGCAGAGAACAGCAGACAGCACGGUGGAGAAUUUACGGUCUCUCUCAGCGAUGUCUUGUUGACCUGGAAACACUUGCUACAUGAGAAAUUGAACUUACCAUUUGGAACUAUGGAAGUGAUUGACCAUUAUGAGGACAUUAGGAGGACAUAUGAUAGUUUCUUAAAGAAUAGUAAUAUGUUAGAUCUGAUCGAUGUUUAUAAAAAGUGUAGUGUUUUGACUUCUAAUUGUGAAAAUAAUGCCAACAUAUCUGCUAGUCAACUACGGGACUUUCUGUCUGGCAGACAAUCUGCAGCAGAGGAUGAAACUGAUCUUUGUGUAGCACCAUCACCAGUGAGUGAACACAGUCAGGACAAUGAAAAGGUGAAGUUACUAGCAAAGAAGAUGAUCUACUCAUAUUUAAAUCUGCUGGUGAAUUCCAAGAAUGACCUGGCUCUGGCCCAUAUUCUCAAUGUUCCUGACAGAGGGCUGGGAAGGGAAGCCUUCACCGAUUUGAAGCAUGCUGCGCGCGAGAAACAGAUGUCUAUGUUUCUGGUGGCCACAUCAUUUAUCAGAACAAUAGAACUUGGAGGGAAAGGAUAUGCACCAUCACCGUCUGAUCCUCUAAGGACACAUGUAAAAGGAUUGUCUAAUUUUAUUAAUUUCAUUGACAAAUUAGAUGAGAUUCUUGGAGAAAUACCAAAUCCAAGCAUUGCGGGGGGUCGGAUACUUUCUGUGAUAAAGAUGCAGCUGACUAAAGGCCAGAACAGCAGGGAUCCUUUUCAUAACGCAGUGGAGGAAGUUGCUCAGGAUUUGGAUUUGAGGAUUAAGAAUAUUACCAAUUCUCAACAAGGAGAUGUAGCUGUUAGCACCACUGACAUCAGUCCCGCACGGAUGAAGCAAACCUUAAUUAGAUCCCAGUUUUCUUGCACGUAUAAAGACGACGGCCUGAUAAGCAGGAAUACAUGGAAUAACGUUAACUCCACAUCAAAGCCAUCCCGUGUCCUUCACAUGGAAAAUGACCUUUCUGAAAGUGUAAAUUCAUCUGUUGGAAGACCAACAAUUGGAACAAGUGCUGGAAAUGUUCAUCUGGACAGAAGUAAAAAUGCAAAAGUAGAGAGAAAAUCAAGUAGUCAGACAGGAAAUAAAAGCUCAAAAAGGAAACAGGUGGAUUUAGAUGAUGAAAACAUUCUCUGUGAUAAUGGAAAUGAACCACCCCGACAUAAAAAUGUUAAGAUACCUAAGACAUCAAACGAUUUGCAGAAUAAAUUGGAUGGCAAACUAGCCAGAGUAGCAAAAAGCAACAAGUGUACUGCCAAGGACAAAUUGAUUACUGGCCAGACAAAGUUAACUCAGUUUUUUAGACUAUGAAUCAUCUUUUAUGUGCUUUAGAUUUAUGUAUACAUA